UUUUUGGAGAAAAUGUGUCUGUAUUUGCAACUUGCAACCAUUUCUUUUGACAGGCUUCAAGUUCCAACCAUAUGUUGUAAACCACUCUAUCCACAUUCAAUUAUUUUGGUCUUCUCCGUUGAGAUAUUGCUAUGCGUACUUGGAUCAAUCUGUGUUUCUUUAAGAAAAAAUAUAAUCUUUUAUUUCUCUGUCUGUGUUGAAGUGGAUUGCUCUUUUGUUUCUUAACUUGAAUUCUAUUUGCUAUAGGCUUUCUCCCUUUUUGUCAAAGUGACUCCUUACCCAUUUCAUGGAUUAGCUUACGAACUAUAAUUUUUCAGCCAAUAGGGAGAAAGUUUCAUUAAUGGUAGUCAUGCUCAUAGUAGUUAGCUCCUCUAAUUCCUUGUUAAACUUUGUCAUAAGCUCAUAAUAAGAAUGAAUUGUUUUUGACUUAGCUUGAUCAUUUGUGACUCAGAUGUCAAUGUCUGCUACAAAAAACAUUUUUGUAUAAAUCUUCCUCAUUUCAGGCCCGCGGCAAUGAUUUGAUGGGAUUUUGCUAAUUCAUGGAUAACAUACUCACCAAACUUUUUAGAUUGACAAAUUAUAUUAGUGACCGAUUUUUACAAUUUAUAGAGGAUCUUGUACUUAGAGAAAUAGCUAGGUACACAGAAAGUCUUGGGGUCACUCCAGUGGCCAUCCCUUCAGUUCACGGUUCAACCAGAAGCACAUCCUUGCAACCUUCCCAAAUCGGAGGGGAAAACCAUGGAAUCUUUGAAAAAAGAGCCUCUAACAACAGUAAAGAACUGCUUGUAGAUACGAGUUCUAUAGUUCUAUAUGCCAUUUCUAUCUCUGAAGCUGUUCCUUCCUUUUUCUUAAAAGGUUUGACACUCCUAUUAUACGGUCUAAUAUAUGCUUGGAGUUUGGGAAUGGCCUUCUGGAGAUAUCCUUUGUCAUGCAUUAAAUGUGCCCAAGUUCAUGUUCAUAGAAUUAAAUCUCGUAUGGUGAAAACCUUGCGUGGUUCUUCUGAUGAUAUUGGAUGGUUGCAGCAUGCUCCUGGAAUGCCUCUAGUACAGGAUGGAACUUCAAGAUUCUUGGAAUUGCUUUCUGACAUAAGAAAUGGAAAGCACUCACUACCUAGUUCAUUUGUUUAUCUGUUAAUUCCAGGUCUCUUUAGCAAUCAUGGACCCUUGUAUUUUGUUGCCACUAAGAGGUUCUUUUCAAAGAUGGGCUUAGCUUGCCAUAUUGCAAAAGUUCAGAGUGAGGCAUCCGUAGAACAAAAUGCCCUGGAACUGAAGCUAUACAUUGAGGAGAUUUACUGGGGUUCAAGCAGGCCUGUCAUGCUACUGGGACACAGUAAGGGUGGGAUUGAUGCUGCUGCUGCAUUAUCUAUGUAUUGGUCUGACCUGAAGGACAAAGUUGCUGGUUUGGCCCUGGUUCAGAGUCCAUAUGGUGGCUCUCCUAUAGCUUCUGAUAUUCUCCGUGAAGGCCAGAUUGCUGACAAAGAAACACGGAGGAUCUUGGAACUUAUAAUAUGCAAAACAAUUAAGGGUGACAUGCGGGCUUUGGAGGAUCUCACAUACGUGAAGCGGAAGGAGUUCAUCAUGAAACACAAGCUCCCCUUAGAUAUUCCUCUGAUCUCCUUCCAUUCUGAAGCAAGCAUUGCCCCUGGCGUUCUUGCAACAAUGACUCAAAUAGCUGAUGCAGAACUUCCCUGGCUCCCUCUACGAAAACUUUGGAUUGUUGAGUCUGAUUCAUUUCUUGAAUCAAGACACCAAGUUCCUGUAAUGGUUCCUAUAUCUGCUGCCAUGGCUGUUUGUGCUCUCCACCUGCGGCUCAGAUAUGGAGAAAAGAGUGAUGGCCUAGUGACAUGCCGUGACGCCGAAGUUCCAGGAUCAGUUGUUGUAAGGCCAAAAAUGAAGCUUGAUCAUGCCUGGAUGGUGUACUCUUCAAAAAAGCGUAGUCCUAGUGAACAUGAUGCUUGUGAAAUGUGUGAAGCUCUCUUGACUUUACUUGUAGAGCUUGGUAACACAAAAAGGGAAGUGGAUUAAGUUUUAUGUUGAGAGAUAUGCUUCAAUUUUUUGCCACAUUGACAUGUCAGUUUGUUCAGUUUAUGUUGGUCUAUAGUUUGAGCUUAUAGGCACCGAAAAGUCAAAUGUUUCUCUAUUUCAGCUCCAUGCUAAGUAUUUGUGGGAGAAACUCAUCAUUAAGGAAAACUCAAAAUUAAGCAACUUUUCAAUUUCAGGUUGAUAUCAGUGAGACAACGCUCA